GUCAAUCGAAAUUGACGGUUCUUCUACGAUGCCAAUCGCGUAAACUCAAGGAAAAUCACUGUAAAAUAAAGAUACAUAAAACAAUAACACAUCCUAUCAUAAAUGUGUGCCAAACUGACUUUGAACUAAUUCACCUGUGUGAUAAACUGUUUAUAAAGCCAGAAUGUCGUACCGGGAUCCCGGGCCUUUACCGAAUAGGUGGUUGAAGUGCCCUCGAAAAGCAUCAGGGCUUGUUGCUGGCAAGUUUUUAGCCUUCAAGACACCUUUAGGACAACAGUUCAAUGACAAAGUUCCAGAGGAGAACCGCUUCACACCUAACAUGCUGUUUGUGUACAUGAAAAGUUUAAAAGUAAAACUUGGGAUGUGGGUGGACCUCACUAACACCACAAGGUUCUAUGACAAGACAGAGAUUGAGAAUAUGGACUGUAAAUAUGUAAAGAUGUCCUGCCGGGGACAUGGGGAGACACCUUCAUUAGAUCAAACUAGACUGUUUAUCCAACUCGUAAGCAAGUUCCUGAGCCAGAACCCACUGGAAGUCAUCGGUGUCCACUGCACACAUGGAUUCAACAGAACCGGCUUUCUGCUUGUGUCGUAUAUGGUGGAACAGUUGGACUGCAGUGUUGAGGCUGCAAUCAUAGAGUUUGCUAAGAUGAGGCCUCCAGGCAUUUACAAGCAGGACUAUCUACAAGAGUUAUACAGACGCUACGACGACGUGGAGUAUACACCAGCUGCUCCCCUUAGGCCCGAUUGGUGCGAUGAGGAAGAAGGAGAAGACUACGACGACAGUACGCCGAGUAACUCCCAGUCAACCUCUUCGCAAAAUGCAUCGGGACCUAAACCCAAGAAAGGUCGCAAAGAGACCACCUUUAAGAAGACCACAUUCAUGCCAGGCGUCCGCGGGGUAGAACCAUUCAACACCCAACCCCGUUUGCUGGAGAUCCAGCAGAAAGCCCAGGAGUUCUGCGAGUGGGGCAAGACCGGGUUCCCGGGGUCACAGCCGGUCUCCAUGGACGUGAUGAAUCUGAGGAAGCUGCAUGAGAAACCGUACAGGGUGUCGUGGAAGGCUGAUGGUGUCAGAUACAUGAUGCUAAUUGACGGAGAAGGCGAGGUGUACAUGAUAGACAGAGACAACUGCGUGUUCAAAGUAUUUGGACUGCGUUUUGUUCAUAGGAAAGAUCUGAGGCAGCAUCUGAGAGAUACCCUUCUAGAUGGUGAAAUGGUGAUAGACAAAGUGGACGGCAAAGAAAUACCCCGGUACCUGUGUUAUGACAUUAUUCGGUUCGAGAACCAGGACAUAUCGAAAAAGGCUUUCUUCCCGUCCCGGAUGGACUAUAUAGAACAUGAAAUAAUUAAUCCUAGGUUAAAAGCAAUGGAGAAGAAGAUGAUACACCGCGAACGCGAGCCGUUCAGCGUACGUUUAAAGCAAUUCUACGAAGUUCGGAUGGCGCACCAAUUAUUGGGGGAGAAGUUCGCUAAAACCCUGUCUCAUGAGCCUGAUGGACUCAUAUUCCAGCCUUCUAAGGAGCCCUACGUGCCUGGACCGUGCGAGGAUGUGCUAAAAUGGAAGCCUAGCAACAUGAACAGUGUCGACUUCAGGCUGAAGAUCGUCACGGAAGGCGGCCAAGGCAUUCUACCAAAGAAGAUUGGCCAACUAUUCGUCGGCCAACUCGAGCCGCCGUUCGCCACCAUGAAAGUCACCAAGGACAUCAAACACCUCAACAACAAGAUCAUCGAGUGUACUUACGAGAACAACCGCUGGGUCUUCAUGAGGGAGCGGACUGACAAGUCCUACCCUAACAGUUAUAAUACUGCCAAAUCCGUAUGCGAAAGUAUACGAGACCCCGUGACCAAGGAGCGGCUGCUAGACUUCAUAGACAACCAUCGCUUUAUAGACGACUCGGAUCUCAUGCCCAUGCCUAAAAUGGUGCGCCGAUAGUAUCAGGCCAAAACGGAGCUUGUUGCCUCGACAUAGAGUACAUUUCACAACGGACCGGACGUUUUAGAUAAUUUAAUAUUGAACAGCUAUAAUGUUUAAGCAAUAUCAGGAAAGUGAGCCGACCUGAAGACACAAGAUAGUAAAAGUUAAAGACACACGUUUCCUGUGGGUGGUAUUCCACCUGUACAAUUUCUUCGUUCAAUGUGUAUUUUGUCUCACAUUAUGCUUAAUGAGAGAUUGAGACAAUGACACCAAGAUAUUGGACAGAUGGAAUACCACCCUAAGCCUUAGACAGUGAAAGUGCCCCUUUUUUGUAUUUCUAAAGGCGGCAUGCCACUAGUGUGCGGCACUAGCAUAUUCAGUAUGAUAAAUACACAGACAAAACAUCCUCCAGACUGAGCAUAGUCGCGCUACCCCCUCUGCCACGCAUACGGUAAUUUUAAUCCAUGUUCGAGUCGAAAGUGUCUGUGUGACGUCCGUGUCUUUGAACGGACCAAUCACGGCACGGGACUUCGCUCACCUCGUCCCGCGCACCCCCGCAUUUUUGGCAUCAUCGGUUGCAUGAAAUAAUUGCUCUAAACUCGGUGUAGAGGAAUCCUAGUCUAUGGAUAAAUAUAAUAAUGCUUGCACCGCACACUGGUGGAAUCCCGCCGUAAGGGACACACAGUUUUCCAAUGGGGGUACAUUACCUUACUGAGUCAACUGACAUUAUGCCUUGUUUUUUAUACACAUACCUAUAAGUUACCAUUGCAGACAGUGACCAGCGGGGAUAAGUGGGUGAUCAAAUAUAGUACAUUAUUGUCGAGGCUCGGAAGUAGCUACUUGCAGGCUGAGGAUUCGUUUUAAACGGACGACCUUGGGAGUCCGUUUAAUUGAAUCCGAAGCCAGCAAGUAGCCUUCCAGCCGAGUCAUAUAUAGUGCUUUUCUCAAAAAUGGUGCAAGAAACAUAAAUAUCAUAGAAACAUUUUACAAAAGCAACGUUCUUGUUCUUACGUAUAUAUUUUCACAGAGAAAAGCCCUUGCCGCUUUUUUCUUUUUUUAAUAAAAAAAUAGAAGUGUAUUUUUCUGCCGAAAAUACGCCAACCUAUUUGAGACAACUAAAUAGUCGCGGUACUAAUCAUCUGUUUGGCUGUUUAAUGGGCCUGUGCCUUCAUUUGAUAUGGCCAUUUGAACUUUUAAAAAGUUUGGUACUCUACAAAUAAUGGAAUUUGUAUGCAACAUUGCAGUCCCAAAAUCGAGACUGCAAUGUUUUUAAAUUUUGACUGACCAUAAACUCCGCGCUUCGAGACCUAUUUUUUAGACGGCAUAGUCGACUUUGCCGUCCAUUUUUGAGAAAAGAAAUUUUAUUCCUAUUUGUUCAAAACUCGCACAAUGGUUAUAUUCAUAGCUGAAUUCAUUUAAAUCUCAAAAGUUCCGAUUCCGUUUUCAUCUAUUUAGUUUAAAUCAGGUGUCAUCAGUAUUUCUUAAGGCGCAGAGUGUAAUGAAAACCAGCAUAGCAUUGGGUAAACUUACCUGGUGCAUAGCAUUGGGUUAACUUACCUGGUGCAUAGCACACUGCAUCCGUACGUCGCAUAUUAUAGCACAUAAUAAAUAAUAGUACUACCGUACAAGGAAACUUCCUACAAAACCGAAGUUUGACAGCGGUUCAGGGUUGAAUCAUGCUGUCCCUAUCCAAUAUAUGGCACUAACUCUUUCGGCUAUUUAGGGUUGUCAAAAUUGAAGCCAUUAUCGUGGUCGUGCACGCAAAGGGACGUCGUGUCAACCCUAAUAAUUGCUGGGAUCAAUGCCGAGCCGAGCGGACCCGAGUUUGGCCGAAGUCAGAGUUUCGAACCCCUGAUUAUAGUGUCAUCAAACUCGCACGACGUGCGAAUCGGAUGCAGAGGGCCUACCGCGAAUACGUAAGUGUGACAGGGAGGCAGCACUUAGUUCGCGUUAGGCCCUCUGUAUGCAGUGUCCAAUGCGCGCGUCUUUUGCUUAUCUGUUGUGUUUAUAGGGAGAAAAUAAAAUCGAAACUGACUCAAUUAUUUAUUUUUAUUAUCCAUAUGAUAUAAUAGGAAUAUUCACUAGGACAGGAGUUCUAAACCCGUGCAAGUAGAUAUCAACGCUUAUGCGCCUAAACCCGUGCAAGUAGAUAUCAACGCUUAUGCGCCUUAAUAAAUAUUGAAUAUUAAGUUAUUUAAGUCAAUCUGUUUUGUUUGUAAGAUGUAUUCAUUUACCUUAAUAAAAUUGUUUUUAAUAUU